AUGGCUCAAGCAUCUCUGGCAGCUCAGAUGGCUCGUCACGCGUCCACACUGAAGAAGCACCAAGGACUGCCAUUCAGCUCGAACAGGUCGAGCGUGUGGUACGACGACGACAGCCAGUCUGGAGCCGAGAGCGAAGACGAUGGUGAUGCCGACAGCUUGACCAGCGCCGAGAGCGUCGAGUCGGGCGCAGACACCCUUACGACGCCCGAGUCGUCGCCUCCGCAUUACCGACAUGCAGUUUUGCACGGCACCGAGCCUCCGCGGGGUCCGGCUGUGGGAGGCUUUGAUUCUGACGGCAACUGGGCCUGGUCGAGAGCAUGGCCAUCCGAUGGCCCUGAAGUCGAUGACAACGAGGAGGAAGCAUCGCAGGUGACCUUGCCCAUCAAGCCGGUGCUCAAUCGGCAUGACCGUACACAGAUUGCCAUGACGGGCAAAAUCAGCCGGCUAGCUCCGACCGGCGGAGCGCUGACGAUCGAAUCCUCGGAUCGCGACAUUCAAGACCACUGUGACUUGGAAGAGGCGAUGGAAGAGGAGGAUGAUCCGUACGAUGUGGUCGGCUUCACGUACUAUCCUCCCCGCUCUGCAUCGGCGGCUGAUGUGUCGGGUGAAGGGCACAGCAUCGUGAUGCCAGUGCGUAUCCGGCUCGAAUACGACUCGUCCAGCGACGAAAGCGAUGGCAGUGUCGUCACCACUUCUUCCAGCGGCAGCGACUCGGAUGCUCGUCGUAGAGCCAGCUUCAACAUGCUCCAGCGGCUCGGGCGCAACGUCAAGAUCCCUGAGCGCCACGCCUCCGCCAUGCGACUCGGCCAGGGUGUGCCCCGAAGACCGCCUUCGCUCGACGAGAUUUCUCACCGCGUAGCAGGGGUGGGAUCCAGCUCGUACGGCCGACGGACGCCCCCCACCAGUGCCGUGCCACACGCACGGUCGGUCAGCUGUCCAUCGCCAAUCCUCGUGCAGCGCGCCCAGUUUGGCGAGGUCGAAGUCAUGGUCACCCCGCCGACACCACAGAUGGCGACGGAAAAGAUUCUGGGCGUCGUGCUCAAGAGCCCCAACAUGCCCUCUUCGGCCUUCGCGACCGAUGCCCUUGGCAACCUCGCCGCCCCGGCUUUCGACGUGGCUCCGGGUCGGCAGAUCAUGCUAGAGGACCGCCAGCGCCAGGCCAAGCUGUGGCUAGAGGCAUUCAAGGCUCAGCAGCAGGAGCCCCAGGGGCUGAACCUCAAGGUAGGCACCGGAUCCGUCGCUCCUCCUGUUGCUGAUGACACCCAGGCCGCUGCUACGUUCGCUUCCAGCAGCCCAACGCGGUGCAAGAGCCCGUCGUACCCGAGCCUUUCGCUCGGCAGUGACACCAAUGCGCCGAUGCAGCAGCGAAGCGGUGGCCCACCUAUCCCGCCCCGCCGGCGCAGCUUCGCGCGCAAGAUCAGCGACACUUCAUCCGCCGCCGUGCCCUGUCAAGCUGGCACAUCCGACAGCUCUGUUGAAGGAUCCGAGCCCAUCCAGCCUGUCCAGGUGGCUGCCUCUGACGCUUCGACGACUCCACGCACGGCGUCGCUGCCAGCGAUGCGUCCGACGUACGCCGCGCCUCGUCGCUCUCUGGUGGCCAGACUGAGCCUUCGCAGAUCUAGCAACGAGAUGCGGGAGGAGCGAGGUUCGCUGCAGGUUCCCCGCAAGCCGGUCCCCGCUGUCUAA